AUGCUGAGGGUCUGCGAUAGCAAAGACGGUCUCUCACUGUUCGAUCUCACAUCUGGCGCCUCUCCUGCCCCUGCUGCUGAUGCUGACAGUACUGUUCGCUCACAGUGGACCACACGCGAUGCUGCUGCCCGUCUUGCUGUGCGUAGUCACCUGCCGUCCACUGAGCGCGCGCACUUUAGUCAGUACAAGAGUGCUAAGACCCUGUACGACGCUGUAGUUGCGCGCUACUCCUCCCCGGCCACUGCUGCCCUUAGUUGCCUCAUGCUGCCGUACCUUUUCCCUGACCUCGCCGCCUUUGCUACAGUCGCUGACCUCAUUACACACCUCCGCACUAGUGACACCCGCUACCGCGCUGCGCUUCCUGCUGAGUUCUGCGCCAAGAACCCCCCCCCCAUGUACAUCACCCUCUACUACCUAGUCACCCGGCUCCCUGACUCCCUUCGCUCGGUCAGGGAUCACUUCCUCUCUCUCUGCCCCACCACACUCACCGUUGACCUCCUCGAGGAGCGCCUCCUUGCAGCUGAGAAGAGCAUAGUCGCUGUAGGAGCCUCUCGUGGUGACCCUCGUGCCCCUGUCUUUGAGGGGUGCUCCCCCAUUCCCCUUUUGCCCUCUGUUGCCUCUGCUGCUGCUGUCGACCUCGUUGGCACCGAGUCGGUCGGCGCUGCAUCUGCCCCUAGCGGGAGGCACCGCAACUGCAAGGGCAAGGGGGGCAAGGGUGCUGGAGGAGCUGGCGGGGGUGGUGGUGGUGGCGGUGGAGGCGGUGGAGGCGGCGGAGGUGGAGGUGGGAGUGGUGGCGGAGGUGGGGGCUCUGGUGGCAGCGGUGGAGGCGGAGGCAGCGGCAGCGGCGGCGGUGGGAGUGGAGGAGGUGGCGGUGGCGGCGGUGGCGGUGGCGCUGGUCGGGGUGGCUCUGUGCAGCGGGGAGGCUUCGAUGGUGGCCAGCAUCAGCAGCAGCAGCGCUCUCGUGAGACUCCACCACCCCAGCAGCUACGUGAGUGGUACACUGCGCGUCAGCGGUCUGAGGGUGCUGGUCCCUGUGCCUACGUCCUGCGUACUGGUGACCGCACUGGGGAGCCGUGCGGCGGGCCGCACACCACCCAGCGCUGCUUCGGCCGCCUGACAGACGCCUGGCGUCUCCGGUUCCCUGACGCCACUGAGCUCCCUCGCUGGGGUGAUCUGCUUAGGUCGGGGGUUGCUAUCUUUGAUCUUGACUAUGAUGCUAUUCUUGCUGCCAUGUAUGUUGUGUCUACUAGAGAUGAGGGUGACUGGUACCUGUGUGUUUCGCCUGACCCGGGCAUUGCGGCUGCUGCUCUAGGUGCUACUGAGUCUGCUGCUCCAGGUGCUAGUGAGUCUGCUGCUCCAGGUGCUGGUGAGUCUGCUCUCUCAGGUACCACGUCUGCUCAGGCGUUGCACACUUUCACCCUUGACUCGGGUGCUUCCCGCUCCUUCUUUCGAGACCGCACCACCCUCACGCCGCUCAGUCGGCCGGUUGCGGUCUCCCUGGCAGACCCCUUUGGGGGUCCUGUCCUUGCCCACUACUCCACUGUGCUACCGUGUCCAGCGGCCCCGUCUGGCUCCCUGUCAGGUCUUUACCUCCCCUUGUUCUCUACGAACUUGGUGAGUGGUGCUGACCUACAGGAUGGGGGGGUUGACCAGUUCACUCCUGCGAGUCAGCGGGUGACCCACUGCACGUGUGCUCGGACGGGCCGACACUUGGCCACGUUUACCCGUCAGCCGGGGUCGAGCCUGUACACACUGACUACCGAGUCUCCUCCGGUUGCUGUGCCUGGUCAGGUAGCUGCGUCGGGUCAGGUGUUUGCUGCAGCGUCUCGGUCUGGUCCUGAGUCUGCCCCCUGCUCGUGUCGCCUCCUGUCCCACGAGACUCUUCUCUGGCACCACCGCCUUGGUCACCCCUCCUUGCCUCGUCUCCGAGGCAUGGCCUCCCGUGUCCUUGUCUCUGGUCUCCCCCGGUCUCUCCCUCCCCUUCCUCCGGGGCCUGCCCCUACCUGCGUUCCCUGCGUCGAGGGGCGGCAGCGCGCCGCUCCUCACUCCUCCGAGUUUCCGCCGACAGAGGCUCCGCUGCAGACUCUUCACAUGGACGUGUGGGGCCCAGCCCGCGUCCGUGGACAGGGUCACGAGCGUUACUUCCUGCUGGUGGUUGACGACUACUCGCGUUACACCACAGUCUUCCCCUUGCGCCGCAAGGGUGAUGUCGCUGAGGUGUUGAUCGACUGGAUCCGCGCGGCUCGUCUCCAGCUUCGAGAGAGUUUCAGCUCGGACUUUCGUGUCCUGCGCCUGCACUCCGACAGAGGUGGAGAGUUUUCCUCCGACCUUCUGCGAGCCUUCUGUCGUGCGAGGGGCAUCCGCCAGACGUUCACGCUUCCGGCCUCUCCACAGCAAAAUGGGAUUGCUGAGCGCCGCAUUGGCAUGGUCAUGGACGUCGCUCGUACGUCCAUGAUCCAUGCGGCUGCUCCCCAUUUUCUGUGGCCGUUUGCGGUUCAGUACGCGGCGCAUCAGAUCAACCUUCAGCCCCGGGUCUCCAUGCCGGAGACCUCCCCCACUCUGCGGUGGACGGGGAAGGUUGGCGAUGCGUCUGCGUUCCGUGUCUGGGGAUCUCGAGCUUUUGUCCGCGACUUGUCUGCGGACAAGCUGUCCUCCCGUGCUGUUCCCUGCGUCUUCCUUGGCUUCCCCCCUGACGCGCCUGGUUGGCAGUUUUACCACCCCACCUCGCGCCGUGUUCUGUCCUCCCAGGACGUCACGUUUGACGAGUCGGUUCCGUACUACCGUCUCUUCCCCUACCGCGCUGCCCCCCUUCCCCCCCCCCACAGCUCUUCCUUACGCCAGGUAGACGCAGUCGAGCCUGUCGAGGUAGAUGUCGACUAUGGUGCUACUAGGAGUGCUGAGCCUGCGGGUGUCGGGUCUGGGGGUGCGGAGCCUGAGCGUGAGGAGCCUGGAGGUACUGCGCCUGGGGGUGCUGUGUCUGGGGGUGCUGAGCCUGUGUGUGCGGAGUCUGGGGGUGCUGAGUCUGGAGGUGAGACGCCUGAGGGUACUGGGACUGCUGGUGCGCGGUCUCCUUGGAGUAGCCGCCUUCGUCCGCGUGUGCCUCUCACCUCACAGCAGCUGCACGACUGGUACGGUCGCCGUCAGGGUCGCGCUGCUGGAGCCCGGGGCUCUGCUGCUGGAGGUACUUCUGCUGACGUCCCUGGAGCUAGGAGUGGUGCUGGUACUUUGUCUACUGGAGGUGCUGGAGUCGCUGGUCCCGGAGGUGCUCGUCCUGGAGGUACUAGAGCUGCUGGGGCUGGGGGUGCUGCGUCUGGGGGUGCCGCUCUUGGAGACACUGAGGCUGGAGACCCUGGGACUGGAGGUGCUGGGUCUGGGGGUGCCGCUGCUGGAGACACUGAGGCUGGAGACAAUGGGACUGGAGGUGCUGGUUCUGGGGGUGCUGCUACUGGAGACACUGAGGUUGGAGACCCUGGGACUGGAGGUGCCGGUUCUGGGGCUAGAGCUUCAGGAGCUGCUGGAGGUGCUGGAGCUGCUGGAGACAUGUAG